AAAGACAUCAGCGCAGUCCGGCGCAGAGAAAAGAAAAAGAACAAAGCCCGAGCAUCACUUUCAGCGCUUAAUAUGUGGGGGCGUGGUGAAAGAGCGUUGCGCCAGGAGUCAGGGGUUGCUUUCACUUGCUCAACCAGGAAGUCGAGCAGAAACGUUAUCAUUUGCCUUCCCCUCUUUAAGAUGACAAGAAGUGCAGCUUUUCUUGCUGUGGCCGUGCUGUUAUGCAUCAUACUGUCAGCAGAAGCAUCUGAUGUCCUGCGAUGCACAGGGGAGAGACAACGCGAUGGGCAGUUCUACUUCAACAUGUCGCAUGGCCUUCAAGAGGACGUCGAUGACUGCGAGACCCAAUGGGUCAUCAAUGGAAGCGUGGCAGGGAUUUCUAAUGCUGAUGAAAAUAAGUUCAUACCCCCACUUGUAAUGGCAACAGCAAACACUGCCCUCUUACAGACCUGCCCUGAAAAACUUGAAUGCCUGCUCAUCUGCCCCUCCGCCAGUAUCAACACAAGGGAGCAGUGCUCUUGUGAUAUCACUUCUCCGACUACACUUCCUGAAGAAUAUCUUCUAUGUUCCACUGAAGAAAGUCAUACAGUUGGUUUUCCUGGCCGGAUCCAUGGUGCUGGGAUUGGAGUGAGUGCAUCUGUGAUUCUGUUGGUCUGUGUCACCAUUGUGCUUUACAAGAAAAAAAAAGGAUAUGCUCCAGGUCGUGCUGAAGAGACUGUUUGAUCCUGGAGAUGCAUCAUUCCACCUGGGCAUUUCAUCUUCAGUAAUUUAUUAGGAACUGUACUCUUAUCUUUUAUAUUGGAAGGCCAUAACCAUGUCUUGAACAUUAAAGGGGGUGCAAACUAAUUUUUAGUUUUUAAGAAAUUAAAUAAUUAAAGGGAUUUAAGGGAAUAAAUGUGCAUCUACAUAAGCGUGUACAUAAAUAACAGAAAUUAUAGCCUAUAUAUUUUCAAUUCUGAACAGUGAAAUUUGGCCAUUUCUGAAGAGGGACUUGUCCCCUCAAUGUCUAUGGUGGUUACGGGCCGGUUUUAUAGCAUUAGCUCUAUUAUUCUGCUUUUAUUGACUACAUUUAGCAUCUCAUGGCUUUAUAGCUUGUAGAAUUUUUUUUGUUUGUUUGUUUCUUUAAAUUAUGACUCUAUGAACUAUGACUCUAACCUAAAUGAAGCUACAUGAUGAAA